GUGCUGGGGCUGGGUGGAGGGUGAAGGCCCACCAGUGCUCCCCUGCAUAGCAGCUCCUUGUGGGUUGGGGCCUCCACAGAGCAGGUGGCCUCGGGGGUACAAGGGCAAUGGUGGGGUGAUGGAGCCAGCCAGGAAGGGGCCCAUCCUUCUCCCAGGGAGCACAGGGACAGCCGGAGACUGGCAUUUAACCAACAAGCCAAGGGGCAGGGGGUUCCUGCAGGGACGCAUGUGCAGUCCCAAGGCAUUCGUGUAAGGCCCUUGGAGCCCCACUUCAGGGUUUGGCUGGCCGAGGAGAGGCCUGGAUGUGGUGAGGAUGCAUCAGUGGUGUCAGAGCUGGUGCCACUGGGGACGGCAGCAGGCACUUGUUUGAGCCGCCUUCACCCUCCCUCACCCACGGCAGGCGGUUGAGCACCGGAUCCGUGAGGAGCAGCGGGCAAUGGACCGGAAGAUCGUCCUGGAGCUGGACCGGAAGGUGGCUGACCAGCAGAGCACACUGGAGAAGGCGGGGGUGGCUGGCUUCUACGUGACCACCAACCCGCAGGAGCUGAUGCUGCAGAUGAACCUGCUGGAGCUCAUCCGGAAGCUGCAGCAGAGGGGCUGCCAGGCAGGGAAGGCAUCCCUGGGACUGGGAGGUCGCUGGCAGCCACCUGCUGCUCAGUGUGACCAGGAAGGCAGCCCUGUCCCACCAUAGUCACAGGCAGCAGGAGGCUGGGCAGAGUUCAUCUUCUUGACCUUUGGCCACUGCCUUCGCAGCUGCCUGCAGGGUCUCCCUGCUGAGGAGAGGCCAGGUGGACCCUGGCUGCCUGUCCCUAUCUUCAUCUGGGACUUUCUGCCAAAUGCUAGCAUGUCAUAAAGGGGAGGUGGGUCCAGCCUGCCGCUACCUGCCUCAGGGCCAGGCGAGUGGGCAUGGGGGUUCUCACACCUUUUCACUCCGCGGGGCAUGUCGCAACCUGCACUGGGGCCCACCCGAGUGCUUGUUCUGGUCUCCACCUCUCCCUUGGCAGCUGUAGCCCCCAUGCAGAAGAGGCUCCAAGGCCCAAGCUCUGUGUGACUCAGAGAAAUAAAGAUGCCUCAGUGUGGCCUGCA